AUGGCCCCUCCUAAGUCCGCAAUAAUCAUCGGCGGCUCCAUCUCCGGCCUCCUCCAAGCCCUCCAGCUAAAACGCAUGGGCGCCUCCGUCUUAAUCCUCGAACAGGACCCCUCGCACACCCGCGGCACGAGCCAUGAUUCCGGCGUCACAAUCGGCCCCAGCGUCAUCGCCAUGCUCAGGAAGUACGAUGCGACCGCCGGUACGCCCUCGGUUAUCCCGGCGGAAUUUCUCAGCGUUGCGUUGCGGCAGCGCCCGCGGGUGUUCAGUACAGCAUGGAGACACAACACGAGUAAUUGGGGCUGUCUCUAUUCAGUGCUGAGGGCGAAUGUCGACGGCCUUGUGUCACAUGUUGUGCCCGUUCCACCGGAGAAGAGGGAAGGGGAUGGGCAGGCGGUCUAUAGACCCGGGAGGAGGGUUGUUGGGAUUAAGUAUGACCAGGCACAGGGGGCCGUGAGUGUGUUGCAUGUGGAUAGUGGUAGAGGAAGCGGAGGUCAUUCAAAGCACCGCAAGGCGACAGAGGAGGCCGAGAUGGAGGUUGAGAGAGUGAGUGCUGAAAUGGUGAUUGCGGCAGACGGGGUCCACUCGACGAUCCGACGGUUGAUGGGGAUCCCCACGCACUGGAAGUACGCGGGCUACAUCGCCUGGCGCGGAACGGUGUCCGAGGACCGGCUGUCGCCAGAAACGGUACGAUACUUCUCCGACCGGCUGACGUUCUCCCUUCUCGGGGGCACGUACUUGAUCACCUACAUCAUCCCUUCGCAGCACGGGUCCGUUGAUCCCGGAACACGGCGUCUCAAUUGGGUGUGGUACUACCCAGCCGCCGAAGGAUCAGCGGAAAUGAACGCCAUAUUCACGGAUCUCAACGGUGCAUUGCAGCCUCAUACAGUGCCGCCCCACCUCCUCAACCCUGCCGUCUGGUCCGCGCAUCGUCGGCGCUAUAUCCCUGGGCAAACCACUGCAGCCGUGGCUGAGCUCGUCAUAGAGACAUCCCAGCCGUAUGUGACCAAAGUCGGUGAGAGUGACGCUCACCCGUCGACCUUCUUCGACAACCGACUUGUGCUAGUGGGGGACGCAUUUUCGGGGUUUCGCUCCCACAUGGGAUUGGCUUCUGAACAGGCCGCACGCCACUGUUUUCAGAUGGAGAGGGUAUGGAGGGGCGAGAUGACCCAGGCAGCAAGGGACCGCGAGGCUAUACUAUAUGCAAGGAGGCUUUUGCUGCUGAAUCGACUGGUUGGAUUCUUGGGGCUGGAAUGGUGGUGGGCGGAGAUCAGGACCGUGCUGGCUUACCUUUGGCUGAUGAUGAUAUGCAGGUUCAUGUAG